UGCUCCUAUGAUGCUGCUUGGCCUGCUGUGUUCAUCCAGUUCUACACCUUGUUAUCCCAUAUGCCCAGUGCGCGUUCGAAGGGAUCAUCGCUCUCAGGAAGGUGAAGAACAGAGUAAAUUUGGCACCAGCUGUAGCUCACACAGCCUGUGCUGAGACGCGCAGACGCAGUGGCGGCAGUCAGCUGGUGGUAAUGGCGGCCUCGGAAAGGAGUACCAAGGAGAAGCUUUUGGCUCUGCUGGACGAUCUGGAAGUGCUGUGUCGGGAAUUGAUUGAGCUGCUUGCACUAUCCAGAAACCAGAAAAUUGCACAACCAGGAGAGGAAAAUCAGAUCCUGGAUCUGUUGAUUCAGAAAGAUGGAGAAUUCCAAGAAAUAGUAAGAGUAGCAAUGGAACAAGGCAAAAUCCAAGAGGAAAUGCAUCUUCUGGAGAAAGAGGUGGAAAAAAGAGAUGGUGACAUCCAGCAGUUACAGAAACAGCUCAAAGAGGCGGAACACAUAUUGGCGACUGCUGUGUAUCAAGCCAAAGAGAAAUUAAAAUCGAUAGAGAAAGCAAGGAAAGGUGCCAUCUCAUCUGAAGAGCUUAUUAAAUAUGCACAUAGGAUAAGUGCUAGUAAUGCUGUAGCAGCCCCAUUGACGUGGGUUCCAGGUGAUCCACGGAGACCUUACCCUACUGAUCUGGAAAUGAGGAGUGGUCUUUUGGGACAGCAAAGCAACCUUUCUACCAAUGGCGUGAAUGGACAUUUACCUGGGGAUGCAUUAGCUGCAGGCAGAUUACCAGAUGUACUUGCACCUCAAUACCCAUGGCAGUCAAAUGACAUGUCUCUCAACCUAUUGCCUCCAAACCACAGCAAUGAUUUUAUGCUGGAGCCUCCUGGACAUAACAAAGAGAAUGAAGAUGAUGUGGAAGUUAUGUCAACUGAUUCUUCAAGCAGUAGUAGUGACUCUGAUUGAAACCAAGAGAACAUGUCUUUUUCUGUUCAAUGUUUGGACUUAUAGCAUUGGAAAUUCAUUUUCUUUCCACUGCUCUUCUACUCCUUUCUACCCAAUACUGUUGAUGCUGACCUGGUAGGAACACAUCAAGAAAGUGUACUUUGAUGAACAUGGAUAAAACUUUGCUUUAAAAACAGAAAA